GAUAAAUAUCAUUUCAUCGGCGCGGUCACACUGUUCUUGAGUCCGCGGCAAAAAAAAAGUGCACUAGCUCCAAAAGUAAAUAAUAAUAUUGCGAAAUUAUUAAUUAAAGCAGAAAUUAGAUUGGAAAAGAAUUUACCUGUGAAAGUGAAAACGUGACAACACGAUAAAACGAACGAGGCAAGCAAAACAAAAAACGAGUGCACAAAAAAACAACGAAAGGAGGAGGAGAAGGGGAAUAAGAACAAGUGCAGCAAAUCAGAAAAAAAGAGAGAACGGAAGAAGAACACAGAUAAAAGUGAAAAUAAUCAACGAAGGACGGCAGGAAAAACAAGAACCACAUUAGCAGAAAUCGACAGACUUGGAAGCGCCGGCACUUGCGAUUUGAUUAUCACACAUAGCUAUGCUUUUGCAGUAUUCGUGUUAAAUCGUUUACUAUAAUGAAUUCCGCGCGGCAUCAUCGUAUUGGAGUAUUUCUGUCUCCAUAAGUUGGCCACUAAUUAAAUCAAAUUAAAUAUAAAUAUAAUCAUAAUAAUACGCAAAAACCCCAACAAGGCUCGCAAAUUGAUUGCCACACAACGGAAAGCAAAGCACUGCAAAGUAAAAAGCCAUCUAGUCAAACGAAAACAACGAAGGAAAUUCGCCAACAACUGCCUGGAGUGAAGCGAGGUCUCGAGUGGAGGCAAACCCAAAUCAAAACUUGACAGAGCAGCCGGAACGACCGCAAAGCUGGCUAAGAAGAUGCCAUACCAUCGGGGCGGAGAUGCCUCUUCCCAGGCCGACAAGUUGAGCGGCAUCGUGGAGGAGAGCGACCUGUACGAGGGGUUCGCCCCUCAUGUCGAGACGUCCGAGAUCAAAACCCUCGACUUUUACAAUCUACCAAAGCAAACUGGCAAAGAGCCGGCACUGCGCUCCUACACCGAGAUUCAACAGCUGCUGCAGCAGGGCAAGAAACGUGACGUGAAGAACAUACUCAGGGAGAACUCGUGGCCCAUUAACUCCCCGAUCCGAUCGCAGCUAUGGCCGAUGUUGUGUGGCCAGCACCAGACCAAGCAGCAGAUGCUGGACGGCUUUUACUGGGAAAUGGUCCACCAGGUCUUUGGCACCACAGAGCUGUCGGAGAAGCCGAUCAUGCUGCCCGCCUUUGUGGACGCCACACACUGUUUGCCCUAUCACUUGACCAGCACGGGACGAGCCGUGGCCGAUCGCAUCGUGAAUGUCCUGGGCUACGACUGCCCCGAUAUUACCUACAGUCCAGUAUUGUAUCCAAUUACAUCGAUACUUUUGCAUUUCAUGUCGGAGGAGGAGGCGUACAUUUGUUUGGCCGGUCUGGUGGGCAGCAAGGAGAAGGUAUUCAUCAAUCAAACCAAACUACAGCACGAGGUCACCUGGAAAACGGUGAUGCAGAUAGCCAAAAAGCACACGAAAAGUGCAACUUCGUAUUUCCAACGUAUUUGCCCGGGCCUGAAGCUGGAGCGCAUCUUCAUGGACUGGUGCUGGUGGAUUCUAGCGGGGCUACCCUUCCAGCAUCUGGUGCGGAUCAUGGACUGCUACUUCCACGAGGGCAUCAAGGUGCUGUACCGCGUGGCCCUUGUCAUACUCAACCUCUUUCACAAGGAGUGCCAGUCGAACAACGAAUGGAGUCCGGAUAAUAUUAAAAACGAUAUUGGCAAUGCGCUGAUCAAGUUCUGCAAGAAGAUCCCAGUGUCGCCGGCGAAGUUGCUCCAUGCCGCGUUUAGUAUUAGGGGACUGAGUACCCAGUAUAUUUCUAGAAUAUUUAUCAAGACUGAAAUGCUACUAAAAAGCCGUUCCGUGCUCACCAGCGGUUCGAAGCAAUUAAUCAAAUCGCGUUCAAGUGAUAAUCUGCCCACUAGUCAGUCGCAGGUCAACAUCCAAAUGAUGUCGCACACCUUGACCAUCCGAGAGAAGCUGCACUCCGAGAGCUGUCGCAAUUUGGGCGAAAAGUCGCCCGGUCAUAGAGCCAUCGCGAUGGGCGUUUAUCCCAUUCACAAUCUGAAAAGUCAAGCUUGUAAGAACGAAGAUCUGUUCACGCUGUGGUCCUGGCUGCCCGUGCGGAUAACAAUGUACCAACCGGUGCUGCUCUACACCACCGAGGAGCACGGCUGCUCGCUGACCACGUUCUAUGUCCGGGUGGAGCAGCACGAGCCCACGCUGCUCAUGAUCAAAACGUGCAAUAAUGAGGUAUUCGGUGCAUACUGCUCCUCGCGCUGGUUUGAAAGGAAUGUUAAGGAUGACAAGGGCCAGCGACAGGCCUACUUUGGCACCGGCGAAACCUUUUUGUUCUCCCUAUAUCCAGAGCGAGCCAAGUACCCCUGGGUGGGCAUUGAGGGCGACAAGGAUCUGGGACACAGUUCCGAGCUGUUUAUGGCGGCCGACUCCAAGAUGAUCACCAUUGGUGGCGGCGAGGGUCAGGCCAUCUGGAUGGACGAGAACAUACGCUUUGGCAAGACGGACAGCUGCAAGACCUUUAACAAUCCGCCGCUGUGUCCGUCGGGCGACUUUGAGAUCCGGGUGCUGGAGGUCUACGGCUUCGUGGGCAUCUAAAACUACUCCUCCUCAGUCUGACCGAUAUUGCCCGCCGAUGAUCAAGUGCUCAGCCAACCUGCUCGACCUUCCCCCGCGUUUCCUACACCCACUCAAACACCUACAGAUUGCUUUCGUUUCC